GCGUGCGGCGGGCGCCGGGCGAGGAGGCGGGACACGUCGGCGCUGCCACCGCCGCCACCCCUCCUCCCACUCCGGCCGCCGCCGCCGCUCCCGCGACCAAGUCCGCCCGCGAUCGCUGCGGCGCCCGGCGCUUCCUCCCGGCCGGCUUCUGACAGCGUCCGCUGCGCCGUAGCCGCCGGGCUCCCCGCUGCGGACAUGGCGACGCGCUCCUGCCGGGAGAAGGCGCAGAAGCUGAACGAGCAGCACCAACUCAUCCUGUCCAAACUGCUGCGGGAGGAGGACAACAAGUACUGCGCCGACUGCGAGGCCAAAGGUCCCAGAUGGGCUUCCUGGAAUAUUGGUGUAUUUAUUUGCAUCAGAUGUGCUGGAAUUCAUAGAAAUCUUGGGGUUCAUAUAUCCAGAGUCAAGUCAGUCAACCUAGACCAAUGGACACCGGAACAGAUACAGUGCAUGCAAGAUAUGGGAAAUACUAAAGCAAGACUACUCUAUGAAGCCAAUCUUCCAGAGAAUUUUCGAAGACCACAGACAGAUCAAGCAGUAGAAUUUUUCAUCAGAGAUAAAUAUGAAAAGAAGAAAUAUUAUGAUAAAAAUGCUGUAGCUAUUACAAAUAUUGCCUCCUCUGACGCUCCUCUUCAGCCUUUGGUAUCUUCUCCUUCUCUGCAAGCUGCUGCUGAGAAAAACAGAUUGGAGAAAGAAAAGGAAAAAAAAAAGGAAGAGAAAAAGAGAGAAAAGGAGCCAGAAAAGUCUACUAAACCACUUCCAACUGAAAAGCUACAAAAGAAAGAAGAUCAACAACUGGAGACUAGAAAAAGCACCAGCCCUAAGAAGGCUGCAGAGCCCACUGUUGAUCUUUUAGGACUUGAUGGCCCUGCUGAGGCUCCAGUGACCAAUGGGAACGUGACCACAGUGCCAGCCCUAACUGAUGAUCUGGAUAUCUUUGGACCAAUGAUUUCUAAUCCCUUACCUGCAACUGUCAUGCCCCCAGCUCAGGGGGCAUCCUCUGUACCAGCAACUGCUCCCUUAUCUACAGUGACAUCUGGGGAUCUGGAUCUGUUCACUGAACAAACUACAAAAUCAGAAGAAGUAGCAAAAAAACAACUCUCCAAAGAUUCCAUCUUAUCUCUGUAUGGUACGGGAACUAUUCAACAGCAAAGCACUCCUGGUGUGUUUAUGGGACCCACAAAUAUACCAUUUACCUCACAAGCACCAACUGCAUUUCAAGGUUUUCCAUCAAUGGGUGUACCUGUACCUGCAGCUUCUGGCCUUAUAGGAAAUGUCAUGGGACAGAACACAGGCAUGAUGGUGGGCAUGCCCAUGCCCAAUGGUUUUAUGGGAAAUGCACAAACUGGUGUGAUGCCACUUUCUCAAAAUGUCAUUGGCCCCCAAGGAGGAAUAGUGGGACAGAUGGGUGCACCCCAGAGUAAGUUUGGCCUACCACAAGCACAACAGCCUCAGUGGAGCCUCUCACAGAUGAAUCAGCAAAUGGCUGGCGUGAGUCUCAAUAGUGGGAGUCCAGCAGCAGGCUUUGGCCAGCCUCCCAGCACAACAGCAGGAUGGUCUGGAAGCUCAUCGGGUCAGACUCUAAGCACACAGCUGUGGAAAUGAGAACUGCAGAGCAAGUCUCAUCCAAAACUAACAUCUGACAUUCCUUGCUAAAAGCAUCUAGUUCCCCUAUUCAUUCAUGUACAUAUAUAUUGGUUUUCUUUCCCCCCACUUGUUCAUAUUAAGAAUUACCUGAUUGACCGUGUUGGUCUGUACUGAUUAAAUUUUUGUGGUGCAAAGCAGGUUAAGAAUCCACUUUAUGUCAAGGGCAGCUUUGCUCCUAUUCCCCAUGAUUUCAUAAAACCAUAUUAUUUGAGAAGCUGCUCAGUCAACUUAUAUAAUCAGUUUUGCUGUCGAUAAAAUUAUAGCGCUAAUGUUUGCAUAUAAGGGAAGUAGUUAUCAUGUUAGUAAUACCUCUAACAGUAUAACCCCACCCCCAAAUUAGCCAGUAAUCCUGUAGGAAGGUACUGUAUGAUCAAAUGUUUAAUCAUAUAAAUAGAAUGUAAAUGUAUCACUGAGCACUGUUUUCUAGUGUAUCAAGAUUCUUUUAUUGCAUCAUUCACUUCACCGUGCUGUUGUUAUGAUGUGCUUUUCAGGGAACGUGGUUAGUGAAAAGAUAAACCUGGAUGUUACUGUAAACCUUAAGCAUAAGAAUUCAAAUUUUACCUGCCUCUCAUAAUUUGGAUCUCUUCAUAUGUACAUAGUGCUAACACUAAGACCUUUGCUGCACUAUAUACAAACAGGGUAACUAAAACAAAGCCACUUUUCAUCCUUGAAAGUAUAUCCAGGUUUAUGACAGUAAUUGUGUUUACAUUUUAUGGUGCCUAGUAUUGACAAAAUGUUAUUUCCCUAUAUUAAACAGGUGAAUCCAUUAA